AUGUCUGCAGAUGUGGUUCGCAGACUACUCUCCACCAGCUUCAACAUACGAACUGAAAAGGUCACAAACUGGAGAGAUUACUUACGACUCCAUUGUUACCCGAUCGAUAAGUUCAUCGACGAAUGGCCAACUAAUCUGGCCUCGUUUCAGGCCCAUCUAGCGGAGUAUUGCCAGAGUACAAGAAACUUAGCACUCCAACUUAUUGUAGCCAUUUCAGAAAGCUUAGGACUUCAUAAAGACUACAUGAACACACAAUUAGGGAAGCAUGCUCAGCAUAUGGUCUUGAACUACUACCCAGCAUGCUCAGCUAUUGUGAAUUGUGAUAAAGAACGGAUAUCUAUACCGACUUUCUACUGCCCGUCGCCUGAGGCGGUUAUCAGGCCUACUUCCGAGGUUGUAUCUGAUGAUGCGCCUGCUGUGUAUCGACAAUUUACUUAUGGGGAGUACUAUGAGAAGUUUAAUGGGCUUUGA